UUCUCAUUCCCUCUCACUUUUGCAUCACACCUCUUGCUGGUCGGCCCUUUAUUCAGGCCCAGUAAAACCUAAUAAUCUUAUUUUCUUUUCUUGUCCCUCAAAGGACCCUUUCACCUGGUCUCACAACCCCCCCUUCCACCCCCCUUCCCCUUCCCCCUUCUCACAACCUGGCGCCAUGAAGUUGCUGUGUCUAUCCUCAACCUCAGCAGCGCUCACUAUUGCGCUUGUCAUUCCCCUUGUCAAGGCGCAGGCCCCACUCGCCCGGCGAAGAAUGGCCUUUGCCCAGGACGAUAGCAAAUUAUACAUACAAGGCGGAUUUGGCUCACAAACGUUCACAGCUCAAUUCAACGCGCUGGACCUAAGCACCUCCUGGACCACGGCCUCACCCGCCUGGUCAUUGCUUCAGAACGGACCACCGGCCUCACACCAUGCUAUGGUCGUGGUCUCACCACAACAUGCAGCGGGUUUGGGAGCAGGAAAGCAGGGAUAUCUCUUGAGCAGCGGAGGAACUGGUGCACUGACGUUCUUUAGUACCUAUGACUUGCAAGGAGCCACAUGGACGAAUCUCGCGCCGACGGCAGUGAAGCCGCCGUAUACGGGGUUGGAGGGCCAUGCGGCGGUAUCGGACCCGACCACGGGGUUGGUGUACUUGGUAGGAGGGUAUUUUGGAAACACGACCUACAAUGACAUCACGGUGUUUGAUCCGUCCACAAGGAAGGUUGUGCUGCAGCAGGCGGCGACGGCGAACACUAGUCUGACGGAUGUGGCGGCGGUAUGGUCGACCGUUAGGAAGACGGUUUUGACGUUUGGAGGGUCCAGGGCCCCACCGGCGGCUUCGAAUGGGAUUGAUUUGAAGAACCUGGCGGAGUAUGAUCCGGCGACUAAGACUUGGAAAACUAUGACCACCUCCGGUGCAGUGCCGCUGCGUCGAUUAGAUCAUUGUGUUGCUGCCUCCGAGGACGGAUCCAAAAUCGUACUCUUUGGAGGGUCCUUAGACGCCAAAACCUACUUCUACGAUAUCUAUGUCCUGGAUAUCAAUACCGCAAAAUGGACACUGGGAACUCCGGCGUCGAUCGCACGGACGCGCAUGGCCUGUGGAUUCCAUUCGGGCCAGUUCAUCGCCUUCGGAGGAUCCAGUGCCGAUAACCGGACGUCGACCAUGCACAACAACAUCCCGAUCAUUUACGACAUCAGCAGCGACACCUGGGUCAACAACUACGAGGCUGGAGGACGACAGCCUAACGGAGGAUCUCAACCGGGCCCAUCGGACCCUUCUUCGCCUUCGAACUCGACCCCAGGUUCGUCCGGCAGUAAGUCUAACCUAGGACCGAUCAUCGGAGGCGCUGCAGCAGGAGUUCUGGUGUUGGUCGGAUGUGCGGUUGCGAUCUGUAUUGUUUUCAGGCGCAAGAAGCGCGAGAGGUCGCAUAAGGCUGCGUACGCGGACGCCAAGAUGGCAGGGUCGAGCGUGGGCGACGAGGAUGAACGAUACUAUCGCCGUGGACCGUUGGCGCCUCGUGGGGACGGCGCGGGAACUUCGGACCGGGACAGGGACAGCGAAAUAAGCUCAAGUAUCAACACGAGCGAACAGAAUCUGGGCAGCGUGCGUAAUUCUGAUCAUUAUGCUGCUGCAGAGGCGCUUCGCGGUGGACGAGAGACGCACAUGAGUGGGUCACAGCAAGUACCGAGAUCAGGCUAUUGGGAUAGCCUACUCAGAGUGGAGGAUCCCGGCACAGCGAUGAGACAGCUUCCGUCAGGCAGAGCCAGUUCUGCAGGUACCUCGAGUCCUGCGGGGAGGACGAGUCCUGGGAGGAGGAAGGUUCCUGUGGGAAGCAUGAACCCCGCAGGAAGGAUGAGUCCUGCGGGAAGCAUGGGUCCAGCAGGGAGGAUGACCCUGCUGCCAGAGUGGGUCCCGGAAGGAGAACCAGCCCAGAGAAUAGUUCCUACGACGGUCGGAUGGCCGGUCCCGGCGGGUAUGGAGGUCCACCGAACGCGUCGCUGAUGCAGUGGUCGGCGCAGGAUCAGCAACAACAGCAGCAGAUGCAGCGUUCCGGGUAUGAUACACCGACAUCGACGUAUCCCUACAAGACGCCGUAUGAGGAUCCGAGACUGAGCAUAACAAGCGAUGGUAGCAGAGAGUUUUAUCCGCAACCGAACACACAGAUGUCGGAAGCGAGUCCGUACCCAGGGACGGAUAGCCAGGGCGGUUACAACCGGCGGGAUUCUGUGAGCUCUUAUGGAACAAAUCCACAUGCGUUUUCACCAGAGAUGCCAAAGGCCUAUGUGCGUCCACCGCGUCCUAUUUAAAGGAGGGCACAGCGUACAGUCGCCUUCCUUUUUUCAUCUACUUUGAAGUACUUCCUUAAUCACUCGCAGAACAAUAAAAAAAGAUUACUAGAGGACCAUCUUUCAUCGU